GGCCGAAUGGCAAAAUACUGAUACUAAUUAUUGUACUCAAACAUUUUGGCUAGAAUUUGCAUACGUUCCUGCCUUCCGGCGUGGGGUUACCCAUACACCACUGCGACCACAGCUCUGCAUGCGGUGUGGAGUAUUGUUUAUGGCUUUGUGUCAGCUUGCUUGAUUGGCGUGUGGGCUGCUGGCGGCGAGUGGGCAGGCUAACAUGGAGUCUCAGCUCAGCAUCGUCCGGCAGGCCUUGCAAGCCUUGUACGCAGCCCAAGACGGGGCUAUGCGCAAGGCUGCAGAUAACUGGCUCCAAAACUUUCGGAACAGCGCUGGCGCUUGGCAGCUAUGUUUGGCGCUGCUUUCUCGACCCGGACUUGCGGAUUAUGAAUACCAUUUCGCGGCACAAUCGCUCCGACUGGCCUGCUCCAAAGUCCCGGAGGUCCUCGACCCUCACGUGCUGCAAGGUCUCGCCGUACAGUUGGCGGCGCUGCUGCUCGCAAGCGUCAGUGCAGGCGCAUGGCCCGUAGCCGGCCAGCUGAGUUCCGCUCUGGCCGCCCUCGCCGUCCGCGCCUCUUGUUGGGAGGAGGAGGCGCUGGUGCCUCAGCUGCUGUCGCUGCUGGCGCCGCAGGUGGCUGCGGCGAUGCUGGCGGACCUGGCGCUGGGGGUGGGGGUGGUGGGCGGCGCGCACAGCGGCGGUGCGGCGGUGGUGGCGGCGGCGGUGAGCGCGGAGGCGAGUGCGGUGUAUGCGCUGCUGCAGGUGGUGAGCAGCCUCCCAGAGGCGUGCCUCGCACGUACCGUCAUGACCCACCCGCAACGCAAGACCCUGGUCACCGCAGCCCUCGCCGCCGACGCCACUGUCGUACCGCUGCUUCGAGCCGCCGUCGUCGGAGGCCGCGCCCUCGCCGCCGCCGGCGGUCUCGGCGUCGGCGCAUUGGGUCUGGGUACGGCGCCCGCGACGGCGGCGGUAGCUGCGGCGCUUGCUGGCGGCGGGCUGCAGAGCUCGGCGCUGCGUCGAGCGGGUCUGCAACUGCUGCAAUCUUGGUCGGAGCAGCUGGGGACGGCACCUCGAGGGCUGGAGCAUGAGGAAGAGCUCAUCAGCUCCCUCUACGAGGCCCUGGUUACCACCGACACCGCCGCCCUCGCAGCCGAGUGCCUCUGCGCCCUCAUCAACACCUGCUCACCCAACCGGCCGGAAGUCACCGACGACGGCUACCAUAGCGACACCUCCUCCUCCUCCUCCGGCCGCUUCCUCCAAGAACUCGGCAACUUUGGUCUCAACCUGGGGGCGUUCGGACACGCACACCAACAAGCCAACCAGGCCUACCACGCCGGCGGUGGCGGUGGCGGCGGCGCUGGAAGCCGUCGUGGGAACUGGGGUGAGGCCCCCGGGUUCCGUAAGCCUCGUCACGGCGGCGGCGGAGGCCAUGGCGGAGGUCAUGGCAGCCACGGGAGCCACGGCAGUCACGGACGAGGUCAUGGAGGUUCUGGGAUGAGGCACUCGAACUCACUGCUAGGCAUGGGCAGCAGCGGCGCCGGCGGUGGCGUCGGUGGCGGUGCGGGGUUAGGAGGCCUGGCGGCGGUGUCGACGGGUGCGGCGGCGGCGGCGGGGCUCGCUGUGCCGAUGACGCCGGAGCGGCAGCUUGCGAAUGUGCUGCUGAUGCAGCGGCUGCUGGAUGGGCUGCAAGUGCUGGUGCAGGGCGCCGCGCUCGUGUUUCGGGAGCAACAACAGCAGGUUGCGUUGGUGGGCGGCCCCUCCGCCGCGGACGCUGCCGUACUCGCCGCCUCCGACUGCGGCUUCUGGUCGCUGUGGACCGACAGUGCCGUACUGCAGGCGGUGUGCAACGUGCUGUGCGCCGCCGCGGCUGCCGUACUGCCCGGCGCCCUCCGCGGCGACGCGGCCAUGCAAGGUCGUUUCAACGCGCUGUGGCCACAGCUGAUGGCGCUGCUGGGGCACGGCAAUCCCGAGGUCGCGCUGAGCUGCGUCUCCUUCUGGCAGGACACCUACCUGGCACAGCUCAUGCAGACAUGCGCCGUAGCCAUGUCGCCGACCCGCGGGUCAGUCCAUGCCGUGGGUCUGCAGCAGCAGCAGCAGCGCGCCAUCCUGCAGAGCCAUCUGCCGCUGCUGGGGCAGCUGCUGGCGGGGCUGGUGUCACGGGCGGCACUGAGCCCCGAGGCCGCGGCUGUUGCUACUGCAGACGCGCGAGACCUGCCGGAGGAAGUGCGCAUGGUACGACGCGAACUCGGCGCAACCAUGCGGGAUCUGGUGGGCCUUGUGGGGUUGGGCCACGUGGCGGCGUUCCUGGAGCGAAUGAUCACGGAGCACGCCUCGCAGCUGCGGGCGGGCGGCAGCGGCGCGGCGGAUGGCGCCGCCGCAGCCGUGCCUGCGCCGCCUGCCUGCGCGUGGACCCGGCUGGAGAGCUCCCUGUACGCUGCGAAUGUGGCGCUGUGCAGCGGUGUGGGCGGCGGCGGCAGCUCCGGAAGCAGCAGGUACCUGAACAGCACCAACAGCACCGGCAGCAGUGCCAGCUGCAGCCCAGAAAGCGCCGCCUCCGGCUCGCCCUUUGCCGCCGCGGGACCUCCAGUCGACGACGCCCACGUCGCCUCCAUCAUCUCAACCGCCGCCGCCGCCGUCAUGCAUCCCGCGAGCUCCCUCAAGCUCGCCGGCACGGCGCUCACCUUGGUAGGCGGCAUGGCUGCGUGGUUCGCGACACACCCCGGGGAGCUUGCAGGUCCGCUGGAGGCGGUUCGUGCAGCGCUGGGCUCAUCAGACGAGAAGCUGGCACGUAACGCGGCGACGGCGCUGAACCGGCUGUGCGUGCACUCGGGCUGUGCUGCGCUGCUGCUUGGGCGGUACUCGAGCUGGGUGGCGGGUCUGCGUGGGCUGCUGCCGGGACCGGAGCUGACGUUGAGGCACAAGCCGGCUCCUGGCGUGGACCUGAGCUCCAGGGAGUUGCUGGUGGCUUCGCUGAUGCGUCUGGCGUGCAGCAGCACCAUUCCGAGACCGCUGUCGCCUCGGCCGCAGUCUCCAACUCUGCAGCAGCAGCAGCAGCAGUCGUCGCCUGCACAGCAGCAACAGCAGACGCCUCAACUGCAGUCGCAGCAGUCCCUCCAGCGCCAGCACUCGCAGCACUCCUACCAGCAACUGCAGCACUCUCACUCCCACUCCCAGAUCUCCACAUCGCCCUCCGUUGCCGGCUCGUCCAACCCCUCUAGUCCCGAUCGCGAUGCCUCCGACCAGCGCAUUUCCCCCGCCUUGACGCCGCAGCUGCUUCUCCAACAGCUCCUGGCGCCCCGCGUCAUUGCUGCUGCCACCGAGCUGGAACGCCUUGCAACCGCCCUCGCCGCCGCUAGCUCCUCCGGAGCUCUGCAGACCCACCUUCAGCUCUUGCGGGCCGGCCGAGUGAACUCACCCUACUCCGGAUCUCCGCAACAGUCACACCCACACUCGCCGACUCAGCACCACCACCACCUCCACCACCAGCCCGGACAUCUACACUCCCGUCAACAUCCCCAUCACUCCCACCACCACCACCACCACCAUCAGCAGCAGCAACAGCAACAGCGGCGUUCCUCAGACGACGGCGGUGCCCCCAUGCAACCCCGAGUACCCCUGUGUUGUCCGGGAUCAUCGCCGGAGCUGCAGCAAUUGGGUGCGCUCGCAACCACAGCGGCGCAACGGCUCGGAGGGCUGGCCAGCAUGUUGUUGUUCGUACCGGCGGCGGGUCAGGUCCAAGACAUGGGCGCCAGCAGCCCGGGCGGACGUCGCGGCGGCCCCGAUGGAGUCCGCGGAGAGACCGAGAGCCCCGCGGUUACGGUCGUGUCGAUGGUCGUACAAGCGGUGCGGGCGGUGUGGCCGCACUUGCUGGCGUGCCUGCAGCCGCCGCAAGGCGGCGGUGCUGGCGGCAGCCCGGCGGCGGCUGGCGGCAGCGCCGCUGCCCCCUCGAGUCCUACCUCUAGGAGCCCCGGCGGCCUGCUGCUGGACACCUGCGAGGGCGCACACCUGCUGCCGGCUGCCUGUUCGCUGGUGCAGGGUGCCCUGCUGGUGGCCUCCUCCUCGGGUGUGGGAUUGCAGGUGGCCUCGGGCGCUGCGGACCUGCUGUCGAGCGCCGUGUGCCUACUGGCCGCCUCCCACAACGCGCUGCCCAUUACACCCACGGAGCUGCAGCUGCAGCAGCAGCAGUGGCCCGCCAACCUAGACUGGCCCGAGCCCAGCGCUGCGCCCUCCACGCCGGGGCGAGGAUCGCAGGGGCGCGCUGCGGCGGCCGCGCUGGCCGCUGCUGCUGCUGCGGCGGCGCCGUCGCCUGUGGGCCCACCUGUGUGUGUUUUGCAGUUGGUGCUGGCGUCACUGCCGGUGUGCAGCGAAUUGAUGGCACACCAGCACCAGCAAGGGCCCCAGGGGGCGCAGGCGGCAACGGUGGCGGAGCAGGCGGUUCGGGCGACAUGCGUCGUGGUGCGACGGGCAUGCACGAGUUUGCAGGCUCCUCGACCGCCCCCCGUCUUCCCCUACGGCGGCCCUUCGCCCUCGAGCUUUGGUCCCGACCCAGAUCGGAUUCUGCAUGUGCUGCCGGUCUUCCAGUCACUGCUGCUGCAUGCGCCGCAAGCCCUAGCCUCCUCAAGGGAGCUUCUGGAGUGUGUCGUGGCUUCCACCGUGGGCUGCAUGCACUGCAACGACCCGGAGGCAUGCCGCGCCGUACUGGACUGGACGCAGCUGCUGCUCUGCUGCUCGGCCUUUGCUCCCCAGGCGUCGGGCGCUGCCCCCGCCGCCGUAACGGCCGCCAUGACGCUGAAUGCGGGUGUGGUUGGUGCAGGAAGCGCCGACAUCGGUGCUGCUGUGAACAGCCUCCCCGCCAGCGGCAGCGGCACGCUGUCAACCGUGUUGAGUAGCACCCUGGGUCGGAACACGGGUAGCCGCGGCAGCAGCAGCGUGGCGUCUGGCGGCGGCCUGGGCUGCCUGCUGAACCGCUGCAGACAAGUGCCUGCACUGGAGGUUGCCUAUUCGGGCAUUGCUGCGCAGCUCGAUGCUCCCUGCUCGUGCUGCGUGCCUAACAGCUUGGGUGUGGUUCACACGAUUGCUGCGCUGGAGUACGGUUUGGCGCCCGGUUGCGAACCGCCGACAUCGCCUCAGGCUUUGGCUCAUGCGCACUUGCUGGCCUUGGCUCAAAUGGGGCAGCUUGGGCAGCUAGGUCAGUUGCAGCAGCUGCAACAGCUGCAGCAGCAACUUCAGCAGCAGCUGCAGGGGCAGCGUCAGGGUGGUGCAGCCGUAGUCGGCUGCCUAGGAUCGGUGCUGGUGCUGUCGUUGAUGGAGGCGGGGUCUACGGGCAUGCCUCCUGACCUAAUGCUUCCCAUCGCGACGUGCUUGCAUGGGGCCUGGCAUGCCAUGGGGGGUGCACGCUUCCGUGCUUGGUUGCGUAUGGCGGCUGUGGAGCUGUCCGGGACCAACUUACUGGGAGGCGGACCCAUGGGUCAGGGAGUCAUGGGAGGUCACGCGGCAGCGGCGGCGGGCGCUGCUGCGGCUGCGGCGGCCGCGGCGGCGGGCUAUGUAGGUCCUCUGCCUUGGUCGCGGCUGACGCCCCAGGCCCUUGCCACGUCGCUGAAUGAGCUGUGGGGCGAUGAAUGCGAGCGAGACGUUAUGAAGUUUAAGAGAGCGCUCAAGACGCUGUGUGGCGGCAAGAAGAAGGGCACCGGCGGUCCUAUGUAGGUGGAAGAACAAGCAAAUGGCGUCGAAGAUCCAACUUUGGAAAGCGACGCUGGGUGGAAACAUUGAAGAAUUUGAUGGUGGAGGCUGUUUGUUUCGCAUCAGCUCGGACAGGCGGUGUUUUCGGAUUUGUGUGCCUUUUGUUGGAUCUGAGAACAGCGGUAUAUCACAUUUGCUGAUGUAAUUCCGGACCCUAAUUUACGAUUGUCAAUGUUUGGGUUUGCAAGUUACUCAUAAAGAUUGUACGUAUGGCGUGUGGAAUCGCCACAUAACGGCCGAAACAGGUCUGUACGUUUGUGAUAAAAAUAUUCGAGGUGUUGUGCGCCUCUGUAUGCCGGCCCGGUGUAAAGCGUGCCGCGUUUUGAAACGAUGCCUUAAAUGCGGGAGGUAAGGUAGGCUGGAGCGAUGAUGUUGUAUACGGGCGACCUGUAUCGACUUCCGUACAAGUUUUAAUUCAACGUGGGAAAACAUCACACUACUAUGCUCCUCAUUGACUUGCGUGGGCGAUAGAAACAAACGUCAUCGGACUUGGUGCUUUCCUUGUGGGACAGCCUCUCCUCGACAAUCCAGAGCGUGUUUUCAGCCCCCCUGAAACCGCCCCCGUCCCCUGCUUGCGCACUUGGUGUCUGAUUUGUGUGCGUGUGUAUACGGCUGUCGUUAGCAGGGUCUUCUUACCGCGCGUAAAAUUUGAAGAAGCCUUUGUUGAUUGGAACAGUUGACGAUUUGGGGUCUUGGUCGAUUUGACGGCGUCUGACUGCUGACUGACAGUUGCUUGUGUGUGCGUGUGCGUGCGUGCGUGUGUAUUUUACCCCACUGUAUGGCAGGGAGUCAUUGACUUUGUGUUGUGUGCCUCCCGCUGCCGUGCGUUAUACCGUUACAUACGGCAACCCCCAAGGACGCGCGCAAGUAAGCGGAUAAGGUACGGUUAUGGUGCACACCUAGUGUGGGAAUAUAUAUUGCCCUUGCAUAGUGCUGGCUGGCUAUAGCUGGUUGCUGCGGCGGUUUGUUCGCGUGCACCCUCAUCUCGGCUCUGCGUUUCAGAGCAGACAUACGGUUGUGUGCGAGACCGUACAGCAAGAGCGUACAGCGAGGGUUCGGACACAUCUAUGGCUGGGUACUCAACUCUCUCACGUUGUACGGUAUCUGUCCUCUGCCCUGCUGCCAGCCGAGCAAUUUCUUGGCCACCGCGUGCCCUGUGUGGUUGUUAAGAACACAUACCGACGACCAAAACCGCGUCCAUCUACCUACGCGGUCUAUCUGCGUGUGGUAGCGGUGACCUAUCUACUUCUUGAGACGAUGCGGUGCUACUGUUUUGGCGCCGCUGUUUAUAGUAGCUUUGUUGCGGAAAAGUGUGACUGAAGAUGUGUGAUGUCUCGCCUCGAUCGCGACCUUGGCUAAUGGACCAUCUGCGCUAGGGCGCUCAGUUCUUCUGUCGAGAAACGGGUCUAGAUGUGUGUGCGUGUGUGCGCCUAGCAGUGUGUCAUAUUUUUGUGAAAAUGCGGCACCAUACAAGGAAAGCCAACGUACAGAAACGCAGGCGAUGCUGUUUGCCGCCGCGUUGUAGGUUUUGGGCCUUUUUCUCGGGUCCGAAAUACGACUUACAUAUAACUAUGCUGCUGCUGCAGUUGCAGCUACAGCUGGGGUACAGUUGUUUCUGCUACUGUUGCGGCGGUAGCUGCGCCGAAUAGGUGCCGUACUGGUAAUUGAGUGCCGCUUUGUCAAAUGUUGCAUUUAAUGUUCACGGUGUGGUUGUACUUGCCGAGUGACUCGCUGUAACUGCGUGUGGCAUCCAGCAUGACGCUUGU